AAAGAGAGCCGGAAAAGCGUCAAAGUUCACUUCUAAUUUAUAAUACUGGGCCUAUGGCCAUAGAGUUUAUACUUUUCUUCUAUGACAUAGUAGCUCUUUUUGAUGUUUUAGAGCGCAUGCGCAUAAGCUUUGUUGUCACUCGAGACGGAACAUUUUUGAGGAAUUUCAACCUAGAAAGGCGCUGUACGUCGUAAAGGCCACCACAUUCGCUUUCUAGAUAAUGACACUUAAUAUUUGAGGGCUAUUUGCUUAAUCGUAUUAGAACAAAAUGGCUUUGCCUACCAUGAGUGGAUACUGGUCAUCCAGAAAGAACAUGUAUGAGCAGGCUAUUGUGCGACACAGAAAUCAUGAAGAUGACUUUCGCAGCCAGUGGCAAAACACAGCCAAAUAUUUCAAAACUUCAGAUGUCCGAGCAGCAAAACAGCAGGCCUGGUCUUCUACUGAUGCUUUUCAAAAUAAAUGCACUGAUGCUUAUCAGGCAUCUGUUGACAAAGAUGUAAAAGCCUCGAAUUUGAAAAGACGAAGAGACAAGCUGGCAAACCUGAUUAAAGAGGAAUCAAAAUCAUAUGAGGCAGAACUUCGAGGUUUGUCCAAACCCAACUUUGAGAGACUGGAGGAAAUGAGGACAAAGGCAGAUGGACUGAAGAGUGCUAGGGAGGAGAAGAGGCAGAAGCUUGCAGAAGAGAAGUUGUAUGAACACUGGAGACAGAACAAUGCAGAGUUACGCAAAGCUGAGUCUCAACUUCUACAAGAACAUGUCGUUGGAAACUGGGGGGACCAAAAGCAGGAGAAGGAGGAGAGGCUGGAAUCAGUCAGGAGAGAAAACCUGGAAUUUGAUCGAGAAAUGGAGAGGGAAAGGUUGGCUGCCGUUGAGAUGGAAAGACAAAAAGAAGAGGAGAGACUGAGGGAGGAGAAGUCUGUGAAAGAAGUUCUGAAGGAACAAAUGAUGGAGUUCAAGGCCAGAGAAGUGGAGGCUGCAGAGUGGAAGAAAGAACAGGAGAAACUUCUGCAGCAGAGAUGGGAGCUGGAGAGGAUCGAGGAGAACCAGCGCAUGCGGGAAGAGGAGCGCAAGAGGAAAGACCUGGGGAGAGCUCUCCUGCGACAACACAAAGCUCAGAUGAUGAGGAAGUCGCGAGUCAUUCAGGAAGAACUGGAACAAGAUCGGAAAUUGCUCGAGUCGCUCAUAGAGAGAGAAAGUGAACACGUUGCUCUUCAGUCUGCACGGAAAGAGAAAGCUAGGGCAGAUGCCCAAUGGAUGAAACAGGUGCUGGAUGAACAGUUGAGAGUGGAGAAAGCGCGGGAAGCCGAACUGGACAUGUUGUAUCAGGACGAAGCAGCUCGCAUGUGGCAGAAAAGGGAAAGUGAGUGGGAGAGGGAAAGGCAGGCCCGCCAGCGACUGAUGGCUGAGGUCCUCGAGUCUCGCCAGGAGCAGAUCGGCGAGAAGCUGGAGGAGCUUCGCCACCAGCAGGAGGAGUCGCUGCAGCGUCGUGAGGAGCUGGUGCGCGAGAUGGAGAUAGCCCAGCAGAUGACGCGCCGGGAGGAGGAGGAGAAGGAGCAGGACAAGAUGAUGACCCGAGCAGAGCUGGAGGAACAGAUUUACUCGAAGAGGGAAGAAGCAGCUCGUCUUCAGAGGCAGUUGGACUUGGAGCUGAAGGAAGAAAAUAGAGAGGAACAGGAUUACGAAGACCUGCUCAAACAAGAAACGCAACGAAUGCGAAUACAUGGGUAUACUCCGAGGGACUUUGGGAGGAGACAAGCAUGGAUGUAAGGCUAAAGAUAAGGAACAAGAGAGAUAGAUUUGCAAAUUGUUGACAUUGAGUGUGUGUGUAUGUGUGUGUGUGUGUUUCUGUUUGUAUGUGUGCGUGUGUGUAUGCGUGUGUGUGCUUGUGUGUAUGUGUGUAAUAUAAGAAUGGAUGUUAUCUAGUGUGGAUAGCAGACGAAUGCAGAAGAUCUCAUGUUGAUUUGAAGGAACUUGUGGAGGGAGAUGUCAGCCUACCGCUAGUGUUGUUCCAUCAUCAGCUUUUAUCUCUCAUUUUCUCCCCCCACCCGUGGCCCCCUCUGGGUUCCUCUCUCCUUUACUGUGCUUGUGGCUAAACCUUUGUACAGAAGAAUUAGAGUCAAAUGAUCAGUAGGAUGUACAUUUGACAUCUUAUAGUAGGCAACCAGGAAUGGCAAAUUUGCUCAAUUCCUUGACAUCCAUAUUAUGGUACAAAGCUAAAAUUCAUGCAUUUUCAUGACAUACAAUGUACGUCAUAUGGCAGCAAUGAAGGAAGGCCUUACUUAAGGGAAGAAACUGGCCUUUUGAUAACAAAAAAUAUUUUACAGUCGUGUUAUGUGUUGAUCUAUUUUGUAAAAACUGUUGACAGUCACAAUCCUGAUAAUCAACAUUAAUUUAUAAAAUAUAGAUUGGAGAUAUACAUGUGGCUAUGAGAUAGGUGUAAGCUUGAGAUGAGUGGACAGGAUUUGUGUAUGUGAUACCUUACCAAACAUAGGCUGUGUAUGAAACUCUCAUGUAUGUGUGUUGUAAUAGACAGGUAUGAAUGCGAAAUGUGCUUUAAAAUGAAAUAGAGAUAUGUGGGAGUGUUGUUGUACUCUUUCCAUGUGUAUGAAAAUGUACUGCUGAUAAUAGAUCUAUUCAGAAAUACUCUUUCAUUUCUUUCUUUUUCUUUCCCUAACGCAAAUCGCAUUUCACCCAUGCUGCCAGACUUCUGUAACAGGCCUGGCAACAGAUUUAUUUCAUCACUUAGUGUAGGAUUGCAACAUUUUCUGAGGAUGAUAAAGUUGAAUUGUUGUGUUGUGUUGACUUGCAGCUACAUGGGAUGUAUUUCAUUUUUUUUUUUCUGUGAUGAACUGUGUUUUCA